UGUUUCCUGAUUAUACAUUAGACGAUAAAUUACCGAACAUUAUGAAGUACUGCGGGGUAUUACUAUUACUCGGUAUUGUAGCCCUGGAUGCCUCGGUCAUACAGCCGUCCAACGAAUCUGUGGCAAAUGGCCUAAUUUCCCAGGACCGCCCCGAUGGUGUUUAUAUCAGGAACCGUGUGGACAGCGAGCAAGACAGAGUGACAUCUGAAAGAGACGCGGCCAGAAAUCUCCGCCGUAGCGACGACGGCACGGACGCCAACAAAGUGUUGGCAUUUGGGCUGGACACCGGCGUGGCUGACACCAAGAAUAGCAUCGUGCAGGCCAUCUCGGAGGCUUUCGGAGGUCUGGUGCAGUCCCAAUCCCAAUCCCAACACGCGCGCUCCAACACAGGUGAGAAGAAGAAACCUCUGGCGCUGGAGUUACGCUCCGAUUCGAUCCUGCGCGCUGUGGAGAACUUCCUGGCGUCCCCCCGCGUCAAGCGGCUGACCCGCGACCUGGCCAAAAAGGCCGCCAUCAUAUACCGCGCUAUUGAGAAGGAGCUGUGACCACAACACUACUACCUGUCUAAUUAGUUUGUCAAGAAAAAAAAGUUUUUCUUAGAGGAAUAACAAUCGCGCCUAGUUUAAUUUUUGAAAUGGAAAAUGAUCUUUGACUGAGAAAGUUUAAAAAUAAAGAUUCAAUCAACAUA